CGAUUAGAGAAUGUGUUCCGAGGUUGCUUUAUUGCGCAUGUGCGUUGCCGGGCGAAUGUAACAAAAUGGCGGCAGAGUAUAUAGAGCAUAGCCGGGCCGGGCGACGACCAUUUAUAUUCGAACGUGCGAUUGCGUGAAUUGUCGGGCGCGCAGAGAGCAUAUGAAUGUCAGUAACUUGUCUCCAUUAUGGCGUAUCUCGAGGAAGAGCCGUUCAACGAACGUAAAUUGGACGCUGCCCAUUUGAUCGACAAAUUGGACUGGGUUCCUUUCUCCUUAACGCUCGUCGAAUAUCCACAAGGUGAUCUGUUGGGCAAACUUUUAGCUUUAAUAAGCCUAACUCCAUUUGCCAUUAUCGCUGGAUUUGUGGCAUUGGUUUUAUUCAGGAGAGAUUUGCAUACGAUUACAUUCUUUGGAGGGAUUACUAUUAAUGAGGCCAUCAACUUUUUCUUGAAGCAUACAUUAUGCGAGGAUCGACCGAUGAAACGUGCUACGAUAUAUAUUGAAUAUGGCAUGCCAUCCUCGCAUUCGCAAUUCAUAUGGUUUUUUGCAGCAUAUACGACACUCUUUGUCUGCAUUAGGUUGCAUUACAAUAAUAACUCUGUCUCUGAGAGGUUCUGGCGAGCCACGCUCAUUGCAAGUUGCAUCGUAUUAGCAGUUACCGUGUCAUACAGCAGAACUUACCUGGAAUAUCAUACGAUGGCACAGGUACUUUGUGGCGCUAUUAUUGGCUGCGUUUUUGGAGUAACAUGGUUUGCCAUAGUUCAUCUAAUUUUGACGCCAUUCUUCCCAGUAAUAGUAACAUGGCGAUUAUCAGAGUAUCUCCUCCUACGGGACACAACACUCAUUCCUAACGUACUUUGGUUCGAGUACACGAACAUUCGUGCCGAGGCCAGAGCUAGGUCUCGAAAGCUUGUCUCCAUGAAAUCUCAAUGACGGAUGAUGGUCAAUCAAUGGAAUAAUAGUAAAUAAUUGAUGCAUGUGUGAAUCGUGGACAGAAAUGGUGCAGGCACUGCAACUGGUUAUAACUAUUUCCUUGAUCGGUAAAUUGGUAACCAGUCAUCGGAGCAAGUUUAGAAUCGACUUGUAAACAGGAUAACCGACUGAAUAGUCUUCGUGUAAGUAUUGAAGACAAAUUGGGAAGAGAAACUGCAGAUGUAAAGAGUUGUAGGAUGAUCUAGUGCUCUAGAUUUGGAGGAGCCACUUCGGAACCUCUUAAUCUUUAGAUUCAAUGGUUUCCAAUCGAUAGUGCUGUACUGAUUUAUCCGGGGUAAUUCGCCUCUUGAACUGAUGAACAGUCGACUGUAUAAUAAGUAGAGAACGGCCUUACAUAGAUAUUUAUUCGAGAAAUUGUCAAUAAGUAACAUAGAUCACUUUGUUUCUAUUCGAUAUUAGUACAAUACCAUGCGGAUAAGGCUGAUAAAUUUAGGGUUUGUAGAGUAGGUUUAAUUAACUGCGUAUACCCUGUCUUGGUAUUGGGUAGAUAAAACGAUAGUUAAUAGACUUUUAUAUACGUACCUCGAGUAAGAGGUAAUGGGUACGGACCAGGAAAUGGUGUAUUUAUUGUGGUUAAAAUAUUUUCUUAAAAAGACAAAUGUGGAGAAGUAAAACCUGAGAGAAAAGCGUAUUUUCCCGUUUCGUUCUCGUUAACGCAAAUGUUAAAAUCAAAACUUACCUCGUUAAGUAGAAGUGUUUUUUUCCUUCGAUAGGGAUGCCUCUGCCAUGGGCGUUUUAAAUGCAGUGAAAAUUAAUACAGUUUUUUAUUGACUAACGGGAAAUAUAUCGAGCUUGGGACAAAGUGCACUUUUGAAAGUUGUCAGCAAGAGAUUUAUUUAUUCGGAUUAAAAGUGACCGCAAGCUUUUUACUACAUGUACUGAUGUGAUAAAAAAUAUUUUUCAUUCAGUCAGACGUGUACACGUUUGUACAUAGAAUUACUGUAAAUCUUUCACCGAUCACUAGGAUAUAUAUAUACGUUUCUGUAGUUUCUAUCUAACAAGAUCGUUUGUUGACGUCUUUCCAAAGCAAGAAUUGAUCUUUUUAGGGUUUUACCGAUUGCCGAGUAAAUUCCUUGGACCCGAGGUGGCCAUUUUGAAUAAAAUUGUUUGGGUAUGUUUUCUUUUUUAUUCAAACUGUACUUUGCAUAUAUACACAAGCAUACCGUUUAUAAUGGCUCUUUUUAGUGGCACAACUCAUAAGGGAUCAACUUGUAUCUGAGCGACGAUGCCGAGAUUUGUACCGAGCAAUAUUCUGCGGGAAAAAAAAGAAACAGUAUUUAGUAGCCCAAGUUUCUGCGAAAAUUUUCAUAGAAAUUCGAACGAAAAGCGGGGACAAGGGAGAUGCGAUGAAUACGAUGAAUACGCGGUUUUUCGACGAAUUUAUUAGAAUUGUAAAUACAUAUACCGCGCGAACACUUUGUAAAAUGAGAUUAUAACAAUAUGAAGUACUCAUAGGGUAGAUUUCGCAGGAUGUUCGUCGGUGAUUUCCCCCUUAACGAUGUAAGCUCUAAAAAUAGGCCCACUCUCUUGGGACAGACCAUAUAAAUUUUUAACCCUGCGGUUUGUCGUACACCGUACUGAUUGUAAAUACUUAUUCAUGGCGUUUGUUAAAUCGGCAAUUGUAACCGACUUUUAUAAGACGGCGGUUGAUUUAUCAAAAGAGCUGCCGAUAGAAGACCCGUUGUUAUAUAAGAGAAAAGAAUUUUAUUCCAUUGAUAGACUUCGGGUUUACGGUUCAUGGUGUUUUGUAAAAAGCGAUGCAGAAAUAAAAAUAUCUAAACGGGUGACGUUAAGCUUUAACGUCACUUAGCGCUCUCAAA